CAAAGUUGAGAGGAACAACAUAGAAAUGGCUAUUUCGCCAUAUCCCUCUGCACAGAUAAGAGGUUUGGCUAGCGCCAGAGCUUGUGUGAGGCCAUUCCUGUGCUGACUGAAAAAGACUCGUUUCUCCUUCUCAGUGCACCACCGCGAAGACUUCUUGGCAAGCCCGGCAGGACCCAAAGGACUCGCUCCAUGGAGGGAUGCUCGGUGGCGACGCCAGCCAAUGGCUCCAAGGACGGCUUGGAUUUCAACCCCAUGAAGGAGUACAUGGUUCUGAGCGCGCAGCAGCAGAUAGCGGUGGUGGUGCUGUGCACCCUCCUGGGCCUGCUGAGCGCCCUGGAGAACCUGGCGGUGCUCUACCUGAUCCUGUCCUCCCGCCGGCUCCGCAGAAGGCCCUCCUACCUGUUCAUCAGCAGCCUGGCGGCCGCCGACUUCCUGGCCAGCGUGGUCUUUGCUUGCAACUUCGUGAACUUCCACGUCUUCCAGGGCGUGGAUUCCAAGGCCGUCUUUCUGCUGAAGAUUGGCAGUGUGACGCUGACCUUCACGGCCUCGGUAGGCAGCCUGCUGCUGACCGCUAUCGACCGCUACCUCUGUCUGCGCUACCCGCCCACCUACAAAGCCCUGCUCACCUGUAGGAAGGCCCUGGUGACCCUGGGCAUCAUGUGGGUCCUCUCGGCAUUCGUCUCCUACCUGCCCCUCAUGGGGUGGACUUGCUGUCCCAGCCCCUGCUCCGAGCUCUUCCCGCUGAUCCCCAACAACUAUCUGCUGGGCUGGCUCCUGUUCAUCACCCUCCUCUUCGCCGGCAUCCUCGUCACCUACGGGCACGUCCUCUGGAAGGCCCACCAGCAUGUGGCCAGCCUGGCUGAGCACCGGGAUGAGCAGGUGCCAGGAAUGACCCGGAUGAGGCUGGAUGUGAUGUUGGCCAAGACCCUGGGGGUGGUGCUGGCUGUUCUCUUCGUAUGCUGGUUCCCGGCCCUCGUUCUCAUGGUCUACAGCCUGGCCACCCCGCUGAGUGACCAGGUCAAGAAGGUCUUUGCCUUUUGCUCCUUGCUCUGCCUUGUCCACUCCAUGGCCAACCCCAUCAUCUACGCCCUGCGGAGCGGGGAGCUCCGCGCCUCUGCCCGCCACCGCCUGGCCUGCUGGAAGAAGCACCUGCGAGGCCUCGGGCCUGAAGGAAAAGAAGAGGGGCCGAGGUCCUCGGUCACUGAGACAGAGGCCGACGGGAAAGUCACCCCGUGGGCAGAUUCCAGGGGUCUGUACUGCUCUGACUGAUGACGCGGCCUCGUUCGGAGUUUGGAACCAGCCACGUCAGAAAUCAUGUCACUUCCUGGAGGAGAGAGAGAGCAGUCUUGACCCUCUCAUCUCACUCGAACCAGGCCCAGAGGCCUUGACACCUACCCUUUUUUGCUGAUGAGAGUUGGUAUUCCUGGAGAGUGCCUGGUCAUGCUUAUCUGCACAGCUGGGCCCUGUUGGGAGCAAUCACGUGGGCAGGAGGCAAGACAUGUGGGACAGGCUCAGCGCAUGUCAGGCCAGGAAAACCUCCUCAACAAGAUGGCUUAGUGCCUGCCUUCUCCAGAGACCACGGAGCCAGGGGGAACCUUCAGGCUCAGCAACGAGGGGCUCGGAGGAAACGUGAGAAGAACAGAUUCUUCUCCUGGGACCUCAGGGUCUGGGUGGCUGCUUGGCCAGCCCUUGUUCCUGCUUAACUGUUGGGGCCUUGUUGGUUCUAAGUCACCCCUUCCCACUGAGGAUCUUUUUAGCUUACCCUAUCCCACUGAAGACCAAGAAGUGUGAUUCGAUGAGGAUUUGUGGGUGUGGAUCCCCCUCUUUCGGAGGCAGCUGACAGCCCUCCAGUUAAGGGCAUCUUGUUAUUAAGGCAAUGGUC